AUGGUGAGAAGGGCAAUGAUUACAGGCACCCCUGUAAGGCAAGCUGUUUUCAUGUACAGCCACCUCAUUGCACAGGGAAGUCGCAGUGCCUGCAGAUGCCAGAGCCAACGCUGGUAUUUGUCAAUCGGCUUUUCCUAUUGCCUGCCAUGCAGAAUAGCUGAGGACUGCACCCACACACUGCAUUUGCAGGAAUACAUCAAUGGGCAGCUGAAAGCAAAGUACGGUGAUUGCUUCAUUAGGGGCAACAAUGGUGAGGACUCUGCCAUCCAGAAGGGAAGAGACGAAAUGAUGUCUGAAUGCCAAACUGCAGGGUGGCAGUAA